UGCAAGCCUUGCCUGACUUUAAGAAUGAGAGGACAGCCCUGCAGCACCUGGGGACACAUUCUUUUGUCGUCUCCGAAGUGUCACCCGGAGGUAGCGGGGGUAGGGAUCGAGUACUCGUGGGGGUUUUCCAAGCAGAAGUUUCGGCGGAAGAUCAAUGAUGAGGUCCCGAAGCACUUGCACGACAACAUCGAAAAGUCGCUGUGCAUAGACAAGUACUUGACAAUCGGUCGGGUGCGGCGCUUUGCCCGGCGAACACGAGACUACUGCCGGGCUUACCGCGAGAUUGCGCUUCGCGGGGUAGUCAUCAGGAACAAGGAGUUCCUCGAGAAGAUGCGCAAGAUCCAAAAGGCCCACCGCAACAUUUUAGACAUGAAAACUAGUUUUCUUGGCGACCAGUAACAACGUCGGCCGGCCGAUGGCGAGGGGGGGGGGUCUCGAGUUGUGUGUGCAUGUUUUGUUUUAUGCUGUGAGAGAAGCGGGUGUUGUGUGAGCUGUGUGUUGUCGUUGUAGAUUGUAGUCGGUGGCAUGUACUUGUACAUUGGAUUUUUUUUCUGCGAGAUAAACGGGUGUGGUGGGGGUGUGUGUUAAAUGAGUCGGUUUCAAGCUGUAAUUUGCAUCAUUUUUUUCUGUAAGAUUAAUCGGUGCGAGAAGUGUGUGUGUGUUGAUGAGUCUGUCAGUUUGAAAGUUGUUUUUUGAUAAGCGGGUGUUUUUUAACCGCUCGCUGUCAAUCAACGAACGAAGUGUUUUUUUUUAUGUACAAAGAAACGUCAACUUUUGUGCGAUUUGUGCAAAACAUUUGUCAUGCGUUUUUGGAGCGCUUACCUUCAGAUUACAACCUCUUGCAUGUAUGUGUGUCACGUCAUUACGAUCGAUAAGCACCCACACCUACCUGUCCAACCAAAGGGGUACAGUCAGCAUCUGUGCGCCUCUUGCCAUCAGGCCACUUUCGCGCCCCUUUUCUCGGGCUGUAAGACCUUCAUUUUCCUACACAAUUUCCGCCCCUGCACCCAGGUAUCGAGGUCAUGACGCAAUUUGCUAUUUCCGAGCCGGUUUUUACGAAUUGGAACCUGAAAUUUUGAUAUGUGAUUAGGAGUGGUCUUACAAAUGCCCCCGAGUGAGAUGCCGUUUUUUUUUUUUAAGCCACAAAACCCCUAUGCUAGGAUU